UGCAAGUACUUGCAAGCAACGCAUAUCCAUCCAUUGUUUAUCAUAAUAUUAUUUCUAUUCAUACUUAACUUGUUUGUUGUUUGUUGGACAAAAGUUUUGUAAUACUGCAUUUAACGUGCAUCAAACUGCGAACAAAAUUGUAAUUUUUUUUUUUUGCAUCGAAAAGAAUGUUCUAAUUUGUUGAUAAAAGACGUGAAUGUCCUUCUCAGAUCAACAAAAAGACAGGUGAAAUGAAACAAAGGGUUUUCCGUCACCUCAUUUUUGUAUGUGUCUUGAUCCAUGUGAACAAAAUAUAAGUCAAGGCUAACACAACAUUGUGAGGAAAUCUAUGAAGUCUAUAAAAGCUUCAUAAACAUGUAAUAAGUUUCGGUAGCUAAACAUGGAUCUUCAAGAAAAUCAUAAACAAAAACCACGUCCAGAAUCUGAAGAGGUAAAUGAUUGUCCAAUUGAGCAAGUUCGACUCACUGUCCCUAUAACAGAUGAUCCAACACUUCCAUGCUUAACUUUCAGAACAUGGUUUUUAGGCAUCAUUUCUUGUGGUGUUCUUGCUUUCUUGAACCAGUUCUUUGGUUAUCGCCAGAAUCAACUAACAGUGUCCUCGGUUGUAGCACAAAUCGUGGUUCUUCCUGUUGGAAGAAUAAUGGCAGCAAGUCUACCCACAAAAGGAAUAACAAUUCCAGGGACGAAAUGGUCAUUUUCAUUGAAUCCGGGACCUUUUAACGUAAAAGAGCAUGUUCUUAUUACUAUAUUAGCAAAUGCGGGUUCGAGUUCGGUUUAUGCAGUGGGGAUUAUCACUAUUGUCAAAGCCUUUUACCACACUGAAAUCCACCCUCUUGCAGCCUUGUUGCUUACCCAAAGUACUCAGCUUCUUGGAUUCGGAUGGGCUGGUCUUUUCCGGAAAUUUUUAGUUGACUCUCCAUAUAUGUGGUGGCCUUCAACUCUAGUUCAAGUCUCUCUCUUCAGGGCUUUGCAUGAGGAAGAGAAGAGGGCAAAGGGGGGACUUUCAAGGCUGCAAUUCUUCAUGAUUGUGAUUAUAAGUAGCUUUUCAUACUACGUGGUUCCGAAUUAUCUCUUUCAAUCCAUCACAGCCCUCUCUUUCGUAUGCUGGAUAUGGAAAGAUUCCUUCAAAGCUCAACAAAUUGGUUCUGGUCUUAAAGGUUUUGGAAUCGGAGCUUUUGGUCUUGAUUGGGCCACAGUUGCUUCUUUCCUAGGAAGCCCAUUAGCCACCCCUGGAUUCGCUAUGGUGAAUAUGCUAAUUGGCUAUGUAAUCACUUUUUACAUAAUAAUUCCCGUAGCUUAUUGGAAUAACUGGUAUGAAGCUAGACGAUUUCCUAUGUAUGCUUUCAAGACAUACAAUGCUGAUGGAACAAAGUACAAUGUCUCUAAAGUUUUGAACGAAACAUCUUUCUCCUUUAAUCAAGCGGGAUAUGAUGAAUAUGGAAAAGUCAACCUUAGUAUCUUGUUUGUACUUGCUUAUGGUCUAAGCUUUGCUACACUAGCUGCCACAGUAUCCCAUGUCCUUCUCUUCCAUGGGAGGACAAUUUUGGAACAAACGAAGGCGUCAAUGAGGAAGAGUAUUGGGGAUGUGCAUACAAGGUUGAUGAAGAGAAACUAUGAUUCUGUCCCACAAUGGUGGUUUCACACUCUUCUAGUAUUAGUAAUAGGACUUGCUUUGCUUACUUGUGAAGGAUUUGGGAGGCAAUUACAGCUUCCUUACUGGGGAAUUAUCUUAGCAAUUGGUUUGGCUGCGAUAUUCACCUUGCCCGUUGGUGUUAUUGUCGCUACCACAAACCAGGGAGUAGGUCUAAAUGUGAUCACAGAGCUAAUCAUAGGGUAUAUGUACCCGGGGAGGCCACUAGCAAAUGUGGUGUUCAAAACCUAUGGUGACAACAGCAUGUGGCAAGCCAUAACGUUUCUCCAAGAUUUUAAGCUAGGCCAUUAUAUGAAAAUCCCACCCAAGUCCAUGUUCAUCGUUCAGUUGGUAGGUACAAUCAUCGCAUCGUCAGUCUACUUUGCGACAUCAUGGUGGCUCCUAACAACAGUGGAAUACAUCUGUGACCCAAUUAAUCUACCGAAGGGAAGCCCAUGGACAUGCCCAGGAGAUGAUGUUUUCUACAACGCCUCAAUUAUAUGGGGAUUGGUGGGCCCACAACGUAUGUUUGGGAACCUAGGGUUAUACUCAAAGAUGAAUUACUUCUUUCUGUUUGGAAUUCUUGCACCUGUGCCCUUUUGGUUCCUUUCUCGCAAGUUUCCAGAGUGGAAAUGGCCGAGGCUUGUGAACAUACCUAUCCUUAUAAACUGUCCAGGGCCACCAGCUAAAGCAGUAAACUAUAAUAUGUGGUUUGCUGUGGGGAUGUUCUUUAAUUUUGUUGUUUAUAAGAGGUUCAAGAGUUGGUGGGCAAGGCACAAUUAUAUAUUAUCAGCUGGGCUUGAUGCUGGUGUUGCAUUCAUGGCGAUUCUUUGCUAUUUGGUGUUACAAAAUAGGAAUAUUAAUGGACCAGAGUGGUGGGGUUUGGAGGUAGAUGAUCAUUGUCCAUUGGCUAAUUGUCCUUCUGUCCCUGGUAUCAACGUUCCAGGUUGCCCUGUAAUCCAAUGAAACUAAGAAAGAAAGAUGUUAGCCAUUGUUGUUACACUGUAAUUUUAUGAAAUUUUAGGAAUUAUACUAAUACGAUUUGAGGUAGAAUUGCAACGAAUAGGGGUUGGGUUUGUGUAUGUAGAAAAUGACUCAUAUACAAAUGUAUCAUGUAUUUGAACAUGAUUUGAUUCGACACCCAAAGAUUUGUUUGAGUUGCAUUUGUGAGACAGAUAAACAUGAAUCAGAUCUUCAUAGCACGUUGGUUAGUUGAA